AGAAUGUUGAGUUUAAUCAAUUCAGAACGUCGAGAUGGAGCCCAACUCACUCACGUGGGUAGGCUCACCUUGCGGUUUGCACGGACCUUACAUUUUCUACAAGGCUUUUAGGUUUCACCUUGAAACCAAUCCUCGGAUCCUGUCUCUGGGAGACUUCUUCCUAGUGAGGUGUAAUCCCGGGGAACCGCUCUGCAUAGCGGAGCUACAGCUGUUAUGGGAAGAAAGAACCAGCAAACAACUUUUAUCCAGCUCCAAACUUUAUUUUCUCCCGGAAGACCCUCAGGGACGGACUGUCAGUCACGGAGAGGAUGAGGUCAUGGCUGUGUCUGAGAAGGUGGUGGUGAAAUUAGAGGACCUGGUCAGAUGGACGGUGGGCGACUCUUCAGGCUGGAGCAGGGGCCUGAAGGCCGUACCUCUAAAGCCCAGUGAGGUGCUCCAAGAGCUGGGGAAGAAUGGGCAGAGAGACACCCCCCUCCACCGGUACAGAGAGUCAACACUCAACAGCGGACUCAACUUCAAAGACGUGUUAAAGGAGAAGGCUGAACUAGGUGAUGACGGGGACCAGAAGCGUGUGUCGGUGCUGUCUUACCCCCAGUAUUGUCGCUACCGUUCCCUAUUGGCCCGGCUGAGAGAGAGACCCUCCUCCCUCCUCACCUCACAGGUGGUUCUGGCCCUGGGGGGCGUGACCUCACUCACAGACCACACCCACAUCCUGUACUGCAGGGACACCUUUGAACACCCCACCCUCAUCGACAACGACAGUGUCUGUGACGAGUUCGCUCCCAACCUGAAGGGCCGGCCUCGGAAAAAGAAGCUGUCCGUCUUGCAACGCCGCGACUCCCAGAAUACACCAGCAGGCAAGGAGACGGCCAACACAGAGGGCAAGGCCCCCGCCAAGGUGAAGCCUGAGUCCAAGGCAGAGGGGCCCAGGGGACCUAGAGGCAGCAGCUGCUGUCAGAGGGUCUCCCCCUCCGCUAAAAGAAGAACAGGGGAAGGAGGUGAGGACUGUCCUGCUGACGAACAAGCCUUUCUAGUAGCUCUGUAUAAAUACAUGAAGGAGAGGAAGACGCCCAUAGAGAGGAUCCCCUACCUGGGCUUCAGACAGAUAAACCUUUGGACUAUGUUUCAAGCAGCAGAGACACUGGGAGGAUAUGAGCUGAUCACAUCUCGGCGACAGUGGAAAAACGUAUACGAUGAGUUGGGAGGAAACCCAGGGAGUACUAGUGCUGCAACCUGCACCAGACGGCACUAUGAAAGGCUGAUCCUGCCCUAUGAGAGGUUCACUAAAGGAGAGGAACAUAAACCCCUCCCCCCAGCCAAACCCCGUAAAGACUACACCACCCAGCAGGGGUUCCCCAAGACCAAGGUUCCCACGGUGAAGCAGUGCCCCAAAGAGGAGCAACACCCACAAAACCACCAACCCCCGAGGACUGAACAGGACCCCUGUGCUAGGGGCCUGGAACUCUCACCACAGUGUGAGGAGAAGGAAAGGAGUCCGAAGGAGGAGGAGGAGGAGGGAGUCAAGGUGAAGCAGGAGUUGCAGCCUCCCCAGUCUCUACCCCUGCCGGCUGGUGAGGUGAGGAGGAGCGCCAGUGAGAAGAAAGAGGAGGAGGAAAGUUUAGCGGGCUUCAUCGAGGAAAGGGCUCCACACCAAGGAGCUUCCUGGGAGAACAACGAGACCCGUCCUUCAGACACCACUACACUCCAUGAAGAAGACCACUUAUUCCCUGUAGACACUCCCACUCCAGUAAACCACUCCCACCCUCAGGACCAAUGGCAGAAGGAGCUGCCUGACUAUGCCAACCCAAGUCCCCAGGCCAGGUUGGACCAGUCUGGGGUGAUGGAGGAGCCCCAGGGCCCUAACCCUAAGCCUGUCAUGGUGCUCCCCAUUCUGCAGUCCCCCAGGGCUCCAGAGGGCGCCACAGACAGAGCACAGCUCCCCGGGCGGGACCACUCCUGUUACAGCUACUCUGCUAUACUCUACCCAGGCAGAUUCCAUCCUGGACCAGGCAUCAACCACCCUGGCACCAAUCCUGGCACCAUCUCUGGCAUCAACCACCCUGGCACCAACUCUGGCACCAACCCCUCUGGCACCAACCCUGGCACCAUCUCUGGCACCAACCCUGGCACCAACUCCGGCACCAACCACCCUGGCACCAACCCUGGCACCAUCUCUGGCACCAACCCUGGCACCAACCAUGGCACCAACUCUGGCACCAAUCCUGGCACCAACCCUGCCACCAUCUUUGGCACCAACCACCCAGGCACCAUGUCUCCUCUAGCCAAGAAGAAGCUGCUCUCUCCGUUCAAUGGGACCGCCCCCGGGCCAUCUCUGCCCAAUCACUACUCCUUCGGCCCGCCCCUCAUCAACACUAGCCUGGCCAAUGGCAGCGCGGAGGAGUCGGCCAGUCAGCCAAUAGCAGGCUGUCAGGGGUCCGGCAGCACAGACAGAACGGUGGUCAAACGUCCGUCUGUCAUCCAGCAUGCCCAGAGCUUCAAGACGCUGUUCCACGAGAGAGGGGGCCUGAACAGGGACAUGUAUGACCCAGGGGAACCCUACUCUCCCUGUGACCUGACCCAGAACCAUCCCCAAUCCCAUCCACCCCCCCAGACUAUACACCACCCUCAGCCCCACCAUCCCCAGCCCCACCACCCCCAGCCCCACCACCCUCAGCCCCACCACCCCCAGCCCCACCAUCCCCAGCCCCACCAUCCCCAGCCCCACUCUAAAUCUACAAGUGACCCCUACCUGCUGAGGCCUGAGACGCCCCAGCCUGGCCACACCCCCAGCUUCCUGCCUGACUUCUCCCCCCCCACCCACCUCCAGAACCUCCACGCAGAGACACACCUCAGCCUCAGCCUCAACCAGGAGCAGCUCAGCCAGUUCCUCAGCGGCAGGGAGAGGGAGAAAUCCUUACCCAGGGACUGUGAGGCUGCGCCUGGCCCGGGAGGGCCGGGGUUCCCCUCCUCUAAACACCCCGACACGGUGGGUCUGGGGGGCUGCUGUGCCCGUAUAACCAACCUGACCCCUCACACACUAAGAGACAUGACGUCUCCCGUACAGACAACCUCAGAAGACCAACCCACAGACUUAAGUCUCCCCAAGUCUUCUCCUCACAAACCUCCCCCCUCCACUGCCACCCCCUCCCUGCACGGCCACCCCCACCCCCUCAUGCCCCCCCAGGAUACUGGGAGGUUCUGUAGAGUCCCCCCCAUGACCAUCUCCUCCAGCCCCAAACAGCCUGCAGACCCCCAGCCUAACCCCAGGGAGAAGACCCUGAACGGCCGGGGAGGUGGAUGGGAGGACCAGGUGACACACAAGAUGGAGGAGCUAAACAGACCCAUCCUAGGCACCAAGAACACGUCCAGACCCCAGAACAACGUGUGCACGGCGCUGCCACUGAAGAGGAGUCUGGAGGAGCGGGAGAACGGUCCCCCAGAGAGGAAGAUCAGAGCUGUCAUGCCCAUGCACUCCUCCUCUUCCUCCUCCUCCUGUACAACCAGGGACAGGGAGGGCCACUCGGAGGGGAAGGUCAGGACCCCAGCGCUGGAGGGGGAAGUGCUGAAGCCAGCCGACCCCCAGCCAGCCCCGGCCCACAGCUUCCACCUACACAUCAACUCCUUCAUGGAAGGAGAGAAGUUCCCCCUCCACUCCUCCCCCCUGUUCCCCGGGGGCCUCUACCCAGGGGCCUUCAUCUCUCAGAUCCAGGAUAUGUGUGAGGGCCCGGGCCCCCACGGCCCCUUGGGGUACCACCCCCUACAGUACCUGAAGAACCAGACCGUCCUCUCUCCUCUGGUCCCGCCCUUCGCUUUACACUCCUUCAUGAUGCAAAGACAGCUUUUGGCACAGGCGGCCCACAGCCCCGCCCAGAUGUACCGGCACCCUAUGGGAGCCUCGUAUGGGGAGCUGUUGCAUCAUGGUCUAUAUCCCAUGUCUGCCAUGUCUGCCCUCAACACACAGCAACACCCAGGCUUCAGCCCCUCACAGCUCUCCUCUGUCCACCCCAACACCAAACUAUCAUAA